CUGUUUCUGAAAUUCUCACAAAAUCUAUCCAAAGAAGAGAAAUUUUCUGUGUUUCUGGGUAGAGAGGAUAAAGAAUGGGGAAUGCUCUUAGGUUUCUAUGGGGUAACUGCUGCAAACCCUCAACUCAGGAAUCUGAAUCACUUGGUCCUCAUGGCGUCUCUGCUGCAACGGUUGGGGUUUCUGCACUUUCCCAUGACCUAUUUCACUUUGACAUCACAGCUCAGGUUCCUGAAGGAUUAAGCCAGCAUGUCGUUUCGUUGAAGAAGGCUCAAGCUAACUGGUACAGAAAACUGUUGGAUGCAUGGAAGGAAACAAAGUCCCCACCAAAAACACCUGAAGAAGCUUCAAGGCUUGUCAUUCAGACAUUGAAGAGACACCAAAAGGCUGAUGUUGAGGGUUUAUUGGCCUUUUAUGGUCUUCCUCUUCCUCACACUCUUGAGCCAGUCCCUCUGUCAGUGCCUGUAGGAGUCAAAUUUGAAUUGCAGACACUACCUGUGGAUGCAAAAGCUGUGGCAGAUGGGGACACUAUAACAGUCUAUGUAGAUACUUCAGACCCCAGAGAAUCAUCUGCUGUUCCCAGAGAUGUACAAUUCGCCGCCAUCGAAAGAUCAAAAGCCCGAGCAGCCAAGGACUAUGUAAAGGCAGAUGCACUUCACAAGAACAUUAUUGAUGCAGGAUAUCGUGUAUUAACUGGUCUAGACAAUGAGGACAUUCUAGCUCGAAAGUAUCGGAUUCGACUAAGGGGCAUAGAUGCACCAGAAAGUUCCAUGCCCUUUGGAAAGGAGGCAAAAGAUAAGCUGAUCAAGCUGGUACAGGGAAAAUGUUUGAAAAUUUAUGUUUAUGAUACAGACCGUUAUGGCAGAUCUGUUGGGGAUAUCUAUAGCAAUGGUGUGUUUGUGCAGGAAACCAUGCUCAAGAAAGGGUUUGCAUGGCAUUACGCCGCUUAUGACCGUCGCCCAGAACUUGCAUUGUGGGAGAACCAGGCUCGAGCUGCUAAAGUUGGGUUAUGGGCUCAAUCUAACCCUGAAAAGCCAUGGGAAUGGAGAAAAGAUCGACGUGAAGGCAGAUAAGUUUCCCUUUUGAGGUAGCAAGAAAGAGCAAAAGAAAAUACUAACACUGUAUCUCCCAA